CGCCUACUGAAGGUGAAUUGUGUCGGUACCGCCGGGCGAAAUGGCCUCAGCGUAUCUGACACAUCAACAGAAGGUCCUCCGGCUUUAUAAAAAGUCCCUGAGACACCUUGAGUCAUGGUGUAUUUUCAGGGACAAGUAUCGCUUCUAUGCUUGUUUGUUACGAGCACGUUUUGAUGCAAACAAGAAUGAGAAGGACAUGGUUAAAGCCACACUGAUGCUGAAAGCAGGAGAGGAGGAAUUCUGGGCCAACCAGCAUCCCCAGCCUUACCUCUUUCCAGACUCUCCUGGAGGAACAUCGUAUGAGAGAUAUGAAUGCUACAAGGUCCCUGAAUGGGCUCUGGAUUACUGGCAUCCCUCAGAGAAAGCCAUGUAUCCUGACUAUUUUGCCAAGAGAGAGCAGUGGAAGAAGCUGCGGGAGAAGAGCUGGGACAGAGAGGUCCAGCAGCUGGCAGAGGAAACCCCUGCAGAUGGACCCAAGAGCGAGGCCCUACCCCCAGCUCGCAGGGAGGGUGACCUCCCACCUUUUUGGUGGCAGUAUGUCACCCGUCCAAGGGAGCGUCCUCUCUGAGACACUGCAACAUAGCUAAGUGGUAUAGCCAGAUUAUACAGCAGGAUGGGUAUUCACUUUGAGGAAAUGACUCAAAAACAAUAAAAUAUCCCUGAAUCAAGACAAAGG